GUUGGUGCUAAAGUGGGUUGAGUAGGCAGGUUUUUUUUUUGCAUGUCAGUGGAAUUUGAAUUUCACCUUUCUUUGUUUAGAGUGGAACACUGAAAAAGAUAAAGUAAAUUUCAAAACCAAACCAACACAGAGAGAUGUGUGGAAUCGAGUGGGGCAGCUGCUGUCUUUUACAGAUGAGGAAAUUACAGGACAGUUAGGUGACUUUCUCACAGAGCUGGGUAGAGAUGGGAUCAUGCCUGAGAAGCCUGAUAUGGCUCUGGGGCUCUUUCCCGGAUGCCUGUCAUGGCCAGGAUGUUGCUUACAUUAGUUCUCAGCACCCCUGGGACCAAUCACUUUUAUUGCCAAUCUAUUUUGGGUCCCUGUCCUUGUGGCAAUAAAUCAUUCUUUCAGAGCUCCGUAUUUAACCUUCCAAGAGUGUGUGUAUGGGGGGGGGCACUUACAUAAAUGCAUUAUUUUUAACCUGCCUGGCAUGCUUUGGUUAGCGUUAAAUGAAUGUGUAUGGAGAACAAAGGUCUGUGGUUAUUCUGAAGCCAUCACGCUGGGUUUCUUUCUUGCUAAGUCUUAUUCUGGAUGCCUCUCUGCAGCCCCUGCCUUUCCUAGGACUACAUGAAGAGAACUGAGUGUGUCACUUUGUGAGGUUUCGGAAAAAUGAUGAAAUGAAAGCUAUGGAUGUUUUGCCAAUUCUGAAGGAAAAAGUCGCCUAUCUUUCAGGUGGUAGAGAUAAGCGUGGAGGUCCCAUUUUAACAUUUCCAGCCCGCAGCAAUCAUGACAGAAUACGGCAGGAGGAUCUCAGGAGGCUCAUUUCAUAUUUAGCCUGCAUUCCUAGUGAAGAGGUCUGCAAGCGAGGUUUCACAGUGAUUGUGGACAUGCGUGGCUCCAAGUGGGACUCCAUCAAGCCUCUGCUGAAGAUCCUGCAGGAGUCCUUCCCCUGCUGCAUCCACAUCGCCCUGAUAAUCAAGCCCGACAACUUCUGGCAGAAACAGAGGACGAAUUUUGGCAGUUCUAAAUUUGAAUUUGAGACAAAUAUGGUCUCUUUAGAAGGCCUUACCAAAGUAGUUGAUCCUUCCCAGCUAACUCCUGAGUUUGACGGCUGCCUGGAAUACAACCAUGAGGAAUGGAUAGAAAUCAGAGUAGCUUUUGAGGACUACAUUAGCAACGCAGCCCAUAUGCUGUCCCGGCUAGAGGAACUUCAGGAUAUUCUCGCAAAGAAGGAGUUGCCUCAGGACCUAGAAGGGGCUCGGACCAUGAUUGAGGAGCACUCUCAAUUGAAGAAGAAGGUGAUCAAGGCUCCCAUAGAGGACUUGGACUUGGAGGGACAGAAGCUGCUUCAACGGAUUCAGAGCAGUGACAGUUUUCCCAAAAAGAACUCAGGCUCAGGCAAUGCGGACCUGCAGAACCUCUUGCCCAAGGUGUCCACCAUGUUGGACAGGCUGCACUCCACCCGGCAGCACCUGCACCAGAUGUGGCAUGUGAGGAAACUGAAACUGGACCAGUGCUUCCAGCUGCGGCUCUUUGAACAGGAUGCUGAGAAGAUGUUUGACUGGGUCACACACAACAAAGGCCUGUUUCUAAACAGCUACACGGAGAUUGGGACCAGCCACCCUCACGCAAUGGAGCUUCAGACGCAGCACAAUCAUUUUGCUAUGAACUGUAUGAACGUGUAUGUAAAUAUAAACCGCAUAAUGUCAGUGGCCAGUCGCUUGGUGGAGUCAGGCCACUACGCCUCCCAGCAGAUUAAGCAGAUUGCAAAUCAGUUGGAGCAGGAGUGGAAGGCGUUUGCCGCAGCCUUGGACGAGCGCAGCACCCUGUUGGACAUGUCUUCCAUCUUCCACCAGAAGGCUGAAAAGUACAUGAGCAAUGUGGACUCCUGGUGUAAGGCCUGUGGUGAAGUAGACCUUCCCUCGGAGCUGCAGGACCUGGAAGAUGCCAUUCAUCACCACCAGGGCAUCUACGAGCACAUCACCCUCGCUUAUUCUGAGGUGAGCCAGGACGGGAAGUCUCUCCUUGACAAACUGCAGCGACCCCUGACUCCCGGCAGCUCUGAUUCCCUCACUGCCUCUGCCAACUACUCCAAGGCCGUGCACCAUGUCCUGGAUGUCAUCCACGAGGUGCUGCACCACCAGCGCCAGCUGGAGAACAUCUGGCAGCACCGCAAGGUGCGGCUGCACCAGAGGCUGCAGCUCUGUGUCUUCCAGCAGGAUGUUCAGCAGGUGCUGGACUGGAUCGAGAACCAUGGAGAAGCAUUUCUGAGUAAACACACAGGUGUGGGGAAAUCCCUUCACCGGGCCAGAGCUUUGCAGAAGCGCCAUGAGGACUUUGAGGAAGUUGCACAGAACACAUACACAAAUGCAGACAAGUUGCUAGAAGCAGCAGAACAGCUAGCUCAGACUGGGGAAUGUGACCCUGAAGAGAUUUAUCAGGCUGCCCAUCAGCUUGAGGACCGGAUACAAGAUUUUGUUCGGCGAGUUGAACAACGGAAGAUCCUGCUGGACAUGUCUGUGUCAUUUCAUACGCACGUAAAAGAGCUGUGGACAUGGCUGGAGGAGCUACAGAAGGAACUGCUGGAUGACGUGUAUGCCGAGUCAGUGGAGGCUGUCCAGGAUCUCAUCAAGCGCUUCGGCCAGCAGCAGCAGACCACCCUGCAGGUGACAGUCAACGUGAUCAAGGAAGGGGAGGACCUCAUCCAGCAGCUGAGGGACUCUGCCAUCUCCAGUAACAAGACCCCACACAACAGCUCCAUCAACCACAUCGAGACCGUGCUGCAGCAGCUGGAUGAGGCUCAGUCCCAGAUGGAGGAGCUCUUCCAGGAGCGCAAGAUCAAGCUGGAACUCUUCUUGCAGCUGCGCAUAUUCGAGAGAGACGCCAUCGAUAUCAUCUCAGACCUCGAGUCUUGGAAUGAUGAGCUCUCCCAGCAAAUGAAUGACUUUGACACGGAGGACCUGACCAUCGCUGAGCAGCGCCUGCAGCACCAUGCUGACAAAGCCCUGACCAUGAACAACUUGACUUUCGAUGUCAUCCACCAAGGACAGGAUCUUUUGCAGUAUGUCAAUGAAGUCCAGGCCUCUGGUGUGGAGCUGCUUUGCGACAGAGAUGUGGACAUGGCUACUCGGGUCCAGGACCUCCUGGAAUUUCUGCAUGAGAAGCAGCAGGAGUUGGAUUUAGCCGCUGAACAACAUCGGAAACACUUGGAGCAGUGUGUGCAGCUGCGCCACCUGCAGGCGGAAGUGAAGCAGGUGCUGGGUUGGAUCCGCAAUGGAGAGUCCAUGUUAAAUGCUGGGCUCAUCACGGCCAGCUCACUGCAGGAGGCCGAGCAGCUGCAGAGAGAACACGAGCAGUUCCAGCAUGCCAUCGAGAAAACACACCAGAGUGCACUGCAGGUACAGCAGAAGGCCGAGGCCAUGCUGCAGGCCAACCACUAUGACAUGGACAUGAUUCGUGACUGUGCAGAGAAGGUCGCCUCACACUGGCAGCAGCUCAUGCUCAAGAUGGAAGACCGCCUCAAGCUCGUCAACGCCUCUGUCGCUUUCUACAAGACUUCAGAGCAGGUCUGCAGUGUCCUGGAGAGCCUGGAGCAGGAGUACAAGAGAGAGGAGGACUGGUGUGGUGGAGCUGACAAGCUGGGCCCCAAUUCUGAAACUGACCAUGUCACCCCCAUGAUUAGCAAGCACCUCGAACAAAAGGAGGCCUUCCUGAAGGCUUGCACACUGGCCAGAAGGAACGCAGAUGUCUUCCUGAAGUACCUACACAGAAAUAGCGUGAGCAUGCCGGGAAUGGUGACGCACAUCAAAGCUCCAGAACAGCAAGUAAAAAAUAUCUUGAAUGAACUCUUCCAGCGGGAGAACAGGGUAUUGCAUUAUUGGACCAUGAGGAAAAGGCGGCUGGACCAGUGCCAGCAGUACGUGGUUUUUGAAAGGAGCGCCAAACAGGCGUUGGAGUGGAUCCAUGACAACGGGGAGUUCUACCUUUCCACACAUACCUCGACAGGGUCCAGCAUUCAGCACACACAGGAGCUGCUGAAAGAACAUGAGGAGUUUCAGAUAACUGCCAAGCAAACCAAAGAGAGAGUGAAGCUAUUGAUACAGCUGGCUGAUGGCUUUUGUGAAAAAGGGCAUGCCCAUGCAGCAGAAAUUAAAAAAUGCGUGACCGCAGUAGAUAAGAGGUACAGAGAUUUCUCUCUGCGCAUGGAGAAGUACCGGACCUCUUUGGAGAAAGCUCUGGGGAUUUCUUCAGAUUCCAACAAAUCGAGCAAAAGCCUUCAGUUGGAUAUCAUCCCUGCCAGUAUCCCUGGGUCAGAGGUGAAGCUUCGGGAUGCCGCUCAUGAGCUCAAUGAGGAGAAACGGAAGUCUGCCCGCAGGAAAGAGUUCAUAAUGGCUGAACUAAUUCAGACUGAAAAGGCUUACGUAAGAGACCUUCGAGAGUGUAUGGAUACCUACCUGUGGGAAAUGACCAGCGGAGUGGAGGAGAUCCCACCUGGUAUUGUCAACAAAGAGCUCAUCAUCUUUGGGAAUAUGCAGGAAAUCUAUGAAUUUCACAACAACAUCUUCCUGAAGGAGCUGGAAAAAUACGAGCAGCUGCCAGAGGAUGUGGGACACUGCUUUGUCACCUGGGCAGACAAGUUUCAGAUGUAUGUCACAUACUGCAAAAAUAAGCCUGACUCCACUCAGCUGAUACUAGAACAUGCAGGGUCCUACUUUGAUGAGAUACAGCAGCGGCAUGGGUUAGCCAAUUCAAUCUCUUCCUACCUGAUUAAACCAGUUCAACGAAUAACAAAGUAUCAGCUCCUUUUAAAAGAACUGCUCACGUGCUGUGAGGAAGGGAAGGGGGAGAUCAAGGACGGCCUCGAGGUAAUGCUCAGUGUGCCAAAGAGAGCCAACGAUGCCAUGCACCUCAGCAUGCUGGAAGGGUUUGACGAAAACAUUGAGUCUCAGGGAGAACUCAUCCUGCAGGAAUCCUUCCAAGUGUGGGACCCAAAAACCUUAAUUCGAAAGGGUCGAGAACGACAUCUCUUCCUUUUUGAAAUGUCCUUAGUCUUUAGUAAAGAAGUAAAAGACUCCAGUGGAAGAAGCAAGUACCUGUACAAGAGCAAGUUGUUUACCUCAGAAUUGGGUGUCACAGAACAUGUUGAAGGAGAUCCUUGCAAAUUUGCACUGUGGGUGGGGAGGACACCAACUUCAGAUAAUAAAAUUGUCUUGAAGGCAUCCAGUAUCGAGAACAAGCAGGACUGGAUAAAGCACAUCCGUGAGGUGAUCCAGGAGAGGACAGUGCACCUGAGAGGAGCCCUGAAGGAACCCAUCCAUAUCCCCAAAACAGCGCCAGCAGCGAGGCAGAAGGGGAGGAGGGAUGGAGAGGACCUGGACAGCCAAGGGGAUGGCAGCAGCCAACCUGAUACCAUUUCCAUAGCCUCCCGGACAUCUCAGAACACGCUGGACAGUGAUAAGCUUUCUGGUGGCUGUGAGCUGACCGUAGUGAUCCAUGACUUCACGGCUUGCAACAGCAACGAGCUGACCAUUCGCCGUGGCCAGACGGUGGAGGUUCUGGAGCGGCCUCACGACAAGCCUGACUGGUGUCUGGUCCGCACCACAGACAGGUCCCCUGCAGCAGAAGGCCUUGUGCCCUGUGGCUCCCUGUGCAUUGCUCACUCCCGAAGUAGCAUGGAGAUGGAGGGCAUCUUCAACCACAAAGACUCACUGUCAGUCUCCAGCAAUGAUGCCAGUCCACCAGCCUCUGUGGCUUCCCUUCAGCCACACAUGAUCGGAGCACAGAGUUCACCAGGUCCCAAGAGGCCAGGCAACACCCUGCGCAAGUGGCUCACAAGCCCUGUUCGGCGACUCAGCAGUGGCAAGGCCGAUGGGCAUGCAAAGAAGCUGGCCCACAAGCACAAGAAGAGCAGGGAGGUCCGGAAGAGUGCGGAUGCUGGUUCCCAGAAAGAUUCUGAUGACAGCGCUGCCACCCCGCAGGAUGAGACCAUUGAAGAGAGAGGACGGAAUGAGGGCCUGAGCAGUGGCACAUUAUCCAAAUCCUCCUCCUCGGGCAUGCAGAGCUGUGGCGAGGAAGAGGGCGAGGAGGGUGCCGAUGCUGUGCCGCUGCCCCCUCCCAUGGCCAUCCAGCAGCACAGCCUUCUGCAGCCAGACUCGCAGGAUGACAAGGCCUCUUCGAGGUUACUAGUCCGCCCCACCAGCUCUGAGACUCCCAGUGCAGCUGAGCUCGUCAGUGCAAUUGAAGAACUCGUGAAGAGCAAGAUGGCUCUGGAGGAUCGUCCCAGCUCACUGCUUGUUGACCAGGGAGACAGUAGCAGCCCGUCCUUCAAUCCCUCAGACAACUCCCUCCUCUCAUCCUCCUCGCCUAUUGAUGAGAUGGAAGAAAGAAAAUCCAGCUCUCUAAAGAGAAGGCACUAUGUUUUGCAAGAAUUAGUGGAGACAGAGCGAGACUAUGUGCGGGACCUUGGCUGUGUGGUUGAGGGCUACAUGGCACUUAUGAAAGAAGACGGUGUUCCCGACGACAUGAAGGGAAAAGACAAGAUUGUGUUCGGCAACAUCCAUCAGAUUUAUGACUGGCACAGAGACUUUUUUUUAGGAGAGUUGGAGAAGUGCCUUGAAGAUCCAGAAAAACUAGGAUCCCUUUUUGUAAAACAUGAGAGAAGGUUGCACAUGUACAUAGUUUAUUGUCAAAAUAAACCAAAGUCUGAGCAUAUUGUCUCUGAGUACAUUGACACGUUUUUUGAGGACUUGAAGCAGCGCCUUGGCCACAGGCUGCAGCUCACGGAUCUGUUGAUCAAACCCGUGCAGAGAAUCAUGAAGUACCAGCUGCUCCUGAAGGACUUCCUCAAGUACUCAAAAAAAGCCAGUCUGGACACAUCAGAAUUAGAGAAAGCCGUAGAAGUCAUGUGCAUAGUGCCGAAGCGGUGCAACGACAUGAUGAACGUGGGGCGGCUGCAAGGAUUUGACGGUAAAAUUGUUGCCCAGGGUAAACUGCUUUUGCAGGACACAUUCUUGGUCACAGACCAAGAUGCAGGACUUCUGCCUCGAUGCAAAGAGAGGCGGGUUUUCCUCUUUGAACAGAUCGUCAUAUUCAGUGAACCACUUGAUAAAAAAAAGGGCUUUUCCAUGCCAGGAUUUCUGUUCAAGAACAGUAUCAAGGUGAGUUGCCUUUGCCUGGAGGAAAAUGUGGAAAAUGAUCCCUGUAAAUUUGCUCUGACAUCAAGGACGGGUGAUAUGGCGGAGACUUUCAUUUUGCAUUCAUCUAGUCCAAGUGUCCGGCAAACAUGGAUCCAUGAAAUCAACCAAAUUUUAGAAAACCAGCGCAACUUUUUAAAUGCCUUGACAUCACCCAUUGAGUACCAGAGGAACCAUAGCGGGGGCGGCGGCAGUGGCAGCGGGGGCAGCAGCGGCGGGGGCGGGGGCAGCGGCGGCAGCGGGGCCUCCAGUGGAGGCAGCAGCCAUGGCAGUGGCCCCAGCAGCUGUAGCAGCGGCCCCAGCUCAAGCAGGAGCAGGCCCUCCAGGAUCCCACAGCCUGUCAGACACCAUCCCCCCAUGCUGGUCUCCUCUGCAGCCUCAAGCCAGGCAGAGGCAGACAAGAUGUCAGGUAUGUCUGCUCCCAGCCCCUCACUGCCUACCCCCAGCAGCAACCUGGCCCUUGAGGCCAGCCUUGGCCAGCCCAGCAGGCUCCCCCUGAGUGGAGACUCCGAAGGUCAUGAACGAGAAACAGAGCCCAUUCCCAAGAUGAAGGUGAUGGAGAGCCCCAGGAAAGGCCCUGGGAAUGCUUCUGGUACAAGCCAAGAUGGAAACACCAAGGAUGCCCGGGGGAACCUGGGCCCAUUGCCUCUGGGCAAGACUAGGCCUGGGGCCAUCUCGCCGCUGAACUCUCCUCUCUCCACUACGUUCCCUUCUCCUUUUGGCAAGGAGGCCUUUCCUCCCAGCAGCCCCCUGCAGAAGGGGGGCUCCUUCUGGAGCUCCAUUCCUGCUUCCCCUGCCAGCCGGCCAAGCUCCUUCACCUUCCCGGGGGACAGUGACUCCCUCCAGCGACAGACACACCGCCACGCAGCCCCCGGCAAGGACACAGACCGCAUGAGCACGUGCUCCUCAGCCAGCGAGCAGUCCGUGCAGUCCACUCAGAGCAAUGGGAGUGAAAGUAGCAGCAGUAGCAACAUCUCCACCAUGCUGGUGACACAUGAGUACACGGCGGUGAAGGAGGAUGAGAUAAACGUCUAUCAAGGAGAGGUCGUUCAAAUUCUGGCCAGUAACCAGCAGAACAUGUUUCUGGUGUUCCGAGCCGCCACUGACCAGUGCCCCGCAGCCGAGGGCUGGAUUCCGGGCUUUGUCUUGGGCCAUACCAGUGCAGUUAUCAUGGAGAACCCCGACGGGACUCUCAAGAAGUCAACAUCUUGGCACACAGCACUCCGUUUAAGGAAGAAGUCUGAGAAGAAAGAUAAAGACGGCAAAAGGGACGGCAAGUUGGAGAAUGGGUACAGGAAGCCACGAGAAGGGCUCAGCAACAAGGUAUCUGUGAAGCUUCUCAACCCCAACUACAUUUAUGACGUUCCCCCGGAAUUUGUUAUCCCAUUGAGUGAGGUCACAUGUGAGACAGGGGAGACCGUUGUUUUCAGAUGUCGUGUCUGUGGCCGCCCCAAGGCCUCAAUCACCUGGAAGGGCCCUGAGCACAACACUUUGAACAACGAUGAGCACUACAGCAUCUCCUACAGUGACAUUGGGGAGGCCACUCUGAAGAUCACGGGUGUGACCACAGAAGACGAUGGCGUCUACACGUGCAUUGCUGUGAACGACAUGGGUUCAGCCUCAUCUUCGGCCAGUCUGAGGGUUCUAGGUCCAGGGAGUGAUGGGAUCAUGGUGAUCUGGAAGGACAACUUUGACUCCUUCUACAGUGAAGUGGCUGAGCUCGGCAGGGGCAGAUUUGCUGUGGUUAAGAAGUGUGAUCAGAAGGGAACCAAACGAGCAGCGGCCGCAAAGUUUGUAAACAAGAAGUUGAUGAAGCGUGACCAAGUCACUCAUGAGCUUGGCAUCCUGCAGAACCUCCAGCAUCCCCUCCUUGUGAGCCUUCUUGAUACAUUCGAGACCCCCACCAGCUACGUCCUGGUUCUGGAAAUGGCUGACCAGGGUCGCCUCCUGGACUGUGUGGUGCGAUGGGGGAGCCUCACGGAAGGGAAGGUCAGAGUGUACCUGGGGGAAGUCCUGGAAGCUGUCCGAUACCUUCACAACUGCAGGAUAGCACACCUGGACCUAAAGCCUGAGAACAUCUUGGUGGAUCAGAGCUUGGCCAAGCCAACCAUCAAACUGACUGACUUUGGAGAUGCUAUCCAGCUCAACACCACCUACUACAUCCACCAGUUGCUGGGGAACCCCGAAUUUGCAGCCCCGGAAAUCAUUCUCGGGAACCCUGUCUCCCUGACCUCGGACACAUGGAGUGUUGGAGUGCUCACAUACGUGCUGCUCAGCGGCGUGUCCCCCUUCCUGGAUGACAGCAUAGAAGAGACCUGCCUGAACAUUUGCCGGCUGGACUUCAGCUUCCCAGAGGACUACUUUCAAGGAGUUAGCCAGCAGGCCAAGGAGUUCGUAUGCUUCCUCCUGCAGGAGGACCCGGCCAAGCGGCCCUCGGCUGCACUGGCGCUGCAGGAGCAGUGGCUGCAGGCAGGUAACAGCAGCGGCAAAGGCGCGGGCGUCCUUGACACGUCCAGACUGACCUCCUUCAUUGAGCGGCGCAAACACCAGAAUGAUGUUCGACCUAUUCGUAGCAUUAAAAACUUCUUACAGAGCAGGCUUCUGCCUAGAGUUUGACCUAUCCUGAAGUUCUCUCUCAUUCUCUUUCACCUGCCAAUCAGCUAUUAAUUUGAAUCUUGAAGAGGAAAUUAAAACAAGCCAAGUGACCGGCUGCCGGCUGUUCAUCGUGUGAAAUUGCAUUCCAAGUGAGCUGUGCUCAGCGCUUGGGCUCAGAGCUGCAAGCUGCGCUGGGGUGGAGGACCUGCAGUCCUACUCUGCGAGGGCAGAGAUUGCAUUGCUGUAUCACAGUAUUUUAUUCAGGUAUCUGCAAAAAAAUAAAAAUAAAAAGAUACUUUUUUAAAUGAACGUGGAUAGAAUUUUGCAAAUUUAACAUUUUCAAGAUUUAUUCAAGGAAACACAUGCCUAUGUUCAAACCACUGGUGUUACACAAAACAAAGAUACUGUGCGUUUCUGGGAAAGAUUCGCCAGGUGGCAGCCACUCCCGUGGCCUCGGCCAGCGCGUGGGUGUCCACCUGGCACUGAGCUUUUCUAGCUGCCUUGUCUGCAUACAUCUUGCCAGGCACCAGACUUGGCUUCUGAAAUGUGCAUUCAACCUCAGUCUUUUGCAUAUAAUACAAUGAAUGGUUUUGCUCUGAUGAAAUGUAGGCCUUACUUGUACAUAAGACUCUUCCUGCCUUCUGUCUGGCAUCGCCCCUCUUUCCCUCCUACCCACCGCCUGGGCCUUCCUCUGGGGGGGUUGUGAUGGGAUCUGCCCAUCCAAUGAAAACUCUAGGUUGGGUCCAACCCCACUGCCCCCCUCCCCGGGUCCCACCCCAAACCGUCAAUCAGAUUGUUGAACGGUAUACAGUCAGAUGAAAAUACUGUAAAUGCACUCAUUGGGGUUUUUUGGUUUUAUUUCAUAUCAUGUGCAAUGUUGUGGCUUUAACAUUUUCUGCAACUAUUUAUGAAGACUUCUGUUGUACCUGUGAUAAAAACAUAGAAAAAGCACAUACUUCGCAAGUGAGCUUUAUGAUUCUGUGUGUGUUGGGGAUGGGUCGUAGCCCUGUGCCAUCAGUCAAGGACACUUAACUCUUCGUGAAAUUUGUCAGUUUUGAGGACUGUAAAAAGUGAUUUCAUACUCUGAAUAUAAAACUGGAUAAUAGGGUAAUGUUUUAAAUUUUAUUAUGCUAUUAUUCAGAAUGCCAAAGUAUUAUUUUUUUCCCAAAAUCAGUCUGAACAUUUAAUACUUUUUAGACUUUUUGACAUUCAACUUUCUGUAUAAAAAUUGGCUGGAUUUUAAGCUUUUGGUAAGAAAGCCAAUUAAGUACUGGCCACCCUGAGGCUGGUAUGCGGUGCCCGAGUCACUGUGGCAGAGCUGGCGCUGGUGGGGAAGUCCUUCAACACAAGAAGUUGGAUUUCUGGCACGCUUGAAUUUUUCUGGGCGUCUUUUUAUCUUUAUUGUGUGAAAUUCACUUUAAAAAAUUAAAAAAAAAAUUAAAAAAAAAAAAAAAAGACCAGCUUGCUUCCUAAGCCAGCCAGACAUCUGGGUCUUGAGCCAUAAACUGGCAUAAUUAAGUUUUGCAGAUCCAAUGUAUUUUAUUUAUUCUUCUGUUGGGUUUUUGUUUGUUUCUUGUAAAAUUGUACAGAAACUUUUUAAGAGAAAUUGGAUUCAAAAACUGGAUGUGUAUCUGUAACCUCAUAACUUUUAUUUGUGUACUGUUUCUUUGAUUAUUUCAGUUAAAAUUUUUACAUUAUUUUUUGCAUGUAUAUUUCUUUGUACAGAGACCUUACAUGUUUACACAGUAUGAUGUGAUGUAAAUAUUUUAUUUUGCCAUCAGUUAUUUUAAAAAAUUAAACAUAUUUGCCUGA